AUGUUUUGGUGCCUGAUCGGCAGGAAGGAUAUCUGGGCUGCUCUUCGGACAAGGGCAGCUGGUUUUGAGACAGAACACGGUGUACGUCAUGUCAAUCUUCACCCUGAGUGCGCUACUCACUCAGUAUACUACAUUCUUAGCUGCCAGUUUCAUCGGGCUGAGAACCGGGGAUCAUCAUAUUGGGACUCAGAAGGCAAUAAUAUAAACAAUGCUCCCUAUGGUCCACCAUACGCCAUGAUUCAAGGAGUACUCCAGCCCGAGGGAAACAUGUUCACGCUGAUCCCAAGCGAGCAUUUCCCAACUAUAUGUCGUGGCUCUGUUGCGUGGGUCGGCUCGGGUCCUGAAUUCUUCAUCAGUCUAGCAAACCACCAUGAAUGGGAGCAAUCUUACACUGUGUUCGGCUAUGUUCUGCCUGAAGACAUGGAGGUUGCUGAGAGGAUUUCUGGUUUACCAACAAGAGUCGAUGUCUGGAACAGCGUUAAUUUAUCUGUGCUCGAAAAACCGGUCUCGUUAACCGUACGGAGAAUGAAAUCUCGCGAAGAACAAGUAGAAACCGCUUCGUGA